GAUUCAAGGUUUCGUGAAAGUGAAAGUAGAUCAGUUAUGCAAUUAUGGCUUCGUCGGAAUCAAAGUUCGACAUAUUAUCAUCGGACAUUGAAGAUAUAUUUGAAGAUGUACCAGAUGUUGCAAUAGGUUCGAAGGAGUUAGAAAAACUAAAGGCAAAUAUACAAAAGGAUGGUUUUCGGACUGGUCUUUCCGUGGGUCAGGAGGGAGAGAUACAGACGAGCUUUAAUCAAGCUUUCUCUCAAGGCAUCAUCCUACUGCAAAGUGUGUCCAGUGUCAGAGGCCAGAUCUGUGCUUAUCUUUCUUUGAACCAUCUAACCAGUAAGGCAGAAAACAUGGUAACAGAUGAUACACAAGGCAAAUUGGAGGACCUUUUACAAGAGGUUCAAGCAUUUGAGCAUACCUGUCUUGAGCUUUCUGAUGAGCGGGGAUAUGGGGAGUUGGAAGCAGAGGUGGAGAAACGAGUCCAAGAGUUCAAGACCCGACUUGAGCUAGUGACACGGAAGUGACUCCUGUAAAAGUGACCCCCCAUCAGAACAGGUGAAACACAGAUUUCAUAAUGGGAAAUGGUGCAAGCUCUGCCCAGCUGUUCGUUGCCAACGAUUCCGGUGGAGACGCCUGGAUUGUUCUGACACCUUCCAAGGACUUCCCGCUCGUAAAGUACUUUGCAGAAGACUUUGGACUGUCCAGUUUAGCGAAAGCAGACGUCAGAGGGAAGUCUGUUGCAGACCUGUUUAACUUUUGGGCAAAAGGAAAAAUAAGAAUGGACCGAAAGGAAAGAGUUUCAUCGGUCGUAUUAGAUUUUUUCAAGAACGUUGGUCUACACCUAACUUCCGGUUUUGCACGUGAUAUGUAUGACAAGGCUCUGUGCAACCCCUUGCAUUACUUGAGUGCUUAUGGAUGGGGAGCAUUGAAUAAUUCGGAGGAAUUGUGUAUUACAAUUCUAGUUCAGGCUUCAACCGGUGAGCUGAAGAUGUCCCAGUUUAAAACGCUCAGUGAUUGGUCCUGGAUCGUGAAUACGAAGUCGGUGACACUAACAAAGGGCGCGUCGCUGUGGGAAAAGAGACUUCCCGCGGGAUACCCGCUGAUGGAGUUGAGUAUUGAGGACAAGUAACAACACUGCACAUAGCCUUUAUUUUCAUUAUAUGAAAUACAAUAUAGGGGAUCAACAUUUAUUACGCUUGUGUUUUAUGUGCAUUAUUAUGGAAUGUAUAUAAAAUCUUUUUUUGUCA